AUGACGUUUGUCGCAAAGAUGGCGACGUCCUCUUCCUCAGGUCGUAUUUUGAGUCUUUGCAAACAGCUGCAGAAUGUUUGUCGAUUGUCGUCGCAGAUAAAUAUUCAACAAUGUUCUGCUAAUUUGAUGAAUCCCAACCCUUUUCUUUGCAGGCAAAAGUUACCUCUUGUUGCCCAGUGCUGGUACAGACAAAGCACCUCUUUGGUUCAGUCUCACGCCUUCCACACAAGUAUCCACAGAAGGGGACUGGAUGAGUUCUUUGACCUUCCUGAGAACUGGGGAGAAAGCAAUGUGAAAUCAGGUGCACCAUGGACUGCCAAGCAACUGAGAACCAAGAGCAAUGAGGACUUGCACAAACUCUGGUAUGUGCUGUUGAAAGAAAAGAACAUGCUGCUCACACUGGAACAGGAAGCAAAAAGGCAAAGGGUUCCGAUGCCGAGUCCGGAGAGACUACGAAAGAUUCAGCGGUCAAUGAUCAGGGUAGAGACUGUGGUGACCGAGAGAGAGACUUCACUGCGUUUGCUCCAAACGGGCCAAGAGAAGGGUAGACCAGGGGACUGGAGGAGGAACGUGUUUGGAUAUACCUAUUGGUAUCGAUUCAAAGAGUAUGCCAUUCCUUGGUAUAUGAAUAGAAGAUACAAGAGAAAGAAGUUUUACACGCCCAAGUUUGUUGAACCGCACAUCAGAUUACGCAUUGAAAAGUACUUAAGGGCGAAGUUCAGGAAAGGAAAUAUGGAGAAGAAAAAGCUGGCCCAACUUCAAGAAAGGUUCCCCAAGAUGAAAGUUCCGGCUUCAUGAAAACCUUCACUUCUUUCUUGUCCUAUACAAGUCGCUGUCAAUCACUUCCUUCUAGAUACGGAAACUAUUGUCUAAACAUCACAACUACGAUCAUGUACUAUAAACUAUUAGUGUGCAUUUGUGACUUUUUGUGUUUCUAAAAUCACAAUAAGUUGGAGCCACUGAACAACAAUUAAAUAAUUUUAAUGAGUUGAAACUCAAACUUGGGAAAUUAA